AACAAGGCAGUUUAUAUGCAGCGGCGCGGAGCGCGCGCGCCAGUCCCGCCCGCCAUGCCGGCUUGCGCGCCCGAGUACACGCGCCUCGCGCGCUCCAACACUGAGCUCGUGUUUUCCCCUCGCGUCAAGAGAUGCUCCCAUCAGCCGCCGCCCUUCACGGCGCUGCGCCGCUCCUUCUCGUCCACGUUUUCCUUGAUCCCGGAGGAGCGUGCCAUCAGCCCCGAGCGCCCGCCGCCGCUACCGCGCUUCAUCCGGAUCAUCACGUGGGGACCCAGGCUCUUCCUCCGCCCGUUCAUCGCUCUCUUCAACUUCAUCUCACACCCCGCCUGGAAACAAAUCCUGAUCGUACUGCCUACGUUAUGGAUCGCCGCAUCUCUAUUCAUAUUCUGGAAGUGUGUGCAGUAUCCUAUCGGAUUUUUGAAGAUGAUCGGUCGCCUCGUCUUCCUGCAGAGUUCGUACAAACCUCGCACCGUGCUCAUCAGUGGUGGUAGUUCGGUUCAAGCUCUACAUCUGGCGAGGAAUUUUCACUCGGCGGGCGCACGGGUCGUUGCGUUCGAGAUAGAGGGUCAUUUCUCCCUACUGAAAUACUCGGCGGCUGUCAAUAGGUUCUACACUAUCCCGCGUCCAAAUCCGGCCGACCCGCUCGCCUACGCUCGGUCGCUGCGAGAGAUAGUAGACGCGGAAUCAGUGGUGUUCUACGUGCCAGUAAGUUCUACGACCCCUGCGUACUAUGACGCGCUUGCGAAACAACACCUAGAAGUGGUCGGGUGUCAGUGCUUCGUGCCGUGCGCCCGCGACGUCGUCAUGUUGGAUGACCCGCUGGAGCUGAUGAGAGUAUGUCGAGCGGCCGGCCUCGCCACACCGCAGUUCUGGGUAGUAGCCAGUGAAGAAGAUGUACGCCACUGGUACGACAGCGGAGCCGCGAAGGAAGGUCGACAUUUCAUUGCGAGCGCUGGAGCCCGCGGUGCAAGAGAUCGCAUGCGAUUUGUCAUGCCAGAAGAAAAAAGUCAGUUCAGGUUUACCAGAGAAAUCAGUGCUGAGAAACCAUGGGUGAUCAUCCGAGAGCCGAAGGGCGAGAGGAUCAUCACCUGCACUACAUUGAAGGAAUCACGUGCUGUUAACAACGUGACGUGCCGCGUCGACUCUGUGAGGAAAGGGUUAGUCCCACAAAAGGACGAUGAAGCCGACGCUUGGGUGCAGCGGUUCGUGUCGCGCUUGUCUGCAGCUAGACCCAUGACCGGCCACGUGUCGUUCAGAUUGGUGCGCGAAGAACAUACAACGAACGGGCACGGGAACAAGUUGGUUGCGAUCGGAGCUCGAGUAGGGGUGUCUUUGCCAUACUUGUGUCAAGGACAGUCGCGGUGCGGCCACGCGGCGACUGUGGGCAAGCUGCUGGACACUGUGCUGGACACGAGGGAAGCCCUGUUCGCGUACUGGGACCCGUUGCCGUACUGCGCGUACUACCAGUCGUGCGCGCCCGACCAGCGCCGCCAACCGCCCGAGCCCUGUAAAACACCCCCUAACGUGCCGCUCUGAACGGGCCCUAAUCUUCAAGUAGGAUCUAUUUAUUAAGACACUCAGUACCUGAAUAGUGCGUGAGUGGGAGCUCUCUGUAGCGAUAUUUGUCGCGUUAUAUACGCGUGUUCUCGAAAACAAGUCGAUAACCGGGGACACGACAAGAUUGUAACUACUAAGUAGAUAUCUAACGUACCAAAUAUUAUUGUAAGCGUAUAAUUAUUAUGUUAGAUAAAGCAAAUGCUUAUCAUGGCCGAUCAAUGUCCGGAUCGUAUUUAUGUUAUUUGAAGCUAAUUAAAGUUCGUAAUGGCUAAAAUUGUAAAAUAUGGUGUUGUAUAUAGGUAUAGUAGUAACGUUAUUCGGUCAUUGUGCUAUACUUACUUACUUAUUAUGGUUUUUUUAUAUUAUCAUGUGUUGAAUGAUAAGGCAGUUGAGUAAAUAAACGUUUAUUGUAAAUACGAGAAA